GUGGCUUUCAUAAGGUAUAUCUUAACAAUGGAAAAUGGAACAGAAUAUAUUAGAAGAGUAGCAUUUCAUGAAUAUCCACGUUGGAAGACGGAGAGCGAGGUUGCAGUUAUGAAAUAUGUUCGCUUAAAUAUGAACAUUCCUGUUCCUAAAAUCUAUUAUUGGAAUAGUUCAAUCUACAAUCCAGUGGGUGCAGAAUAUAUCUUAAUGGAGCGUUUACCUGGUCGUCGUUUAUGUAAAUCUCUUAAGAAACUUACAUUCUCAAGGAUAGGUAGUAUUUUUUUUGAUGGCAAAUCAAAUGAUCAAUUUAAAAUUGGUCAGGUAGUUGAAAUUGACUUCUUUGUUAAUGGAAGAGCAACUCUAUCAAUGGACCGAGGACCUUUCAACACGACAAAAGAAUAUGUUUUGGCUGCUAUCCGAAACCAGAUCCUUUAUUGUCACACCUUCAAGUCACAAGAUCAACAAAAUCGCUUAAUUUCAAUGUAUGAAACAUUAUGCAAGUUGGUGCCGAAGUACUUUCCGGAUGAUGAAAGGAAUAAAUUUGUGUUGACUCAUGUAUGGAUUACGGAUAAUCCUAUGGCAAAUAUUACAAAAGAGGAGUCCGAAGAAAAUUUAAUGCUACAAAAAGUUCAUGAAUGUUGCACCGUGACCCAGAAUUUAUCAGUAAAUUUGAUAAUUUGGACAAAGACAAAGUGA